GGAGUGCAGGGGAGGGAGGAAGAGAGAGAGAGAGAAAAAAAAACAAAGUGGCUGGAAAACAGAGUGUUGUGUAUUCUUGCAGAGGAGGGACGUCACAGCCCGACCACAGACAGAAGUAGGAAUAGGAUCAUACCAAGACAGGAGAGAGAAGUUCAAUCUGACACAUCAAAACAUACAACGCUACAAGCAAAAGGACAAAGUUGAUUCCCGUGGCGACUCGUUAGGAAAUAUCUGAAUAAUAAUUCGUAUUACGUAUGCAUCGUGACCAGCCGCUGCCAUAAAGGGUCCGGGCUGAAAACAAGGGACUGUUUAUGGUUUUCCGUUCGUCCCCCUCUCUUUUUCUCCAACAAAUCGGCGGAGGUUUUGCGCACAACCGGGAGGUGCCGCUGACUGACGGCAGGAGGGAAUGAAAGUUUGCCAGGCGGGCGGAAUAUUAUUCGACGUAAACACUUCUUGUUUUUGACACCGGGACCGCGCGUUUCAACCCCGUACACAUUGCAGAGACUUUUUAAAAACUGUGGACAUUAACCGAGCCGAGCAGUGCCAUCGAAAUACACACAGAGGUCCUGUUUUAAGGCGUGUGCGUGGGUUGCGCCGUAACAUGACGGCAGAGGCAGAUUGACGCGGAUAUCACGAGCGCGGCUGUUUAGGAGCUCGGCUUCUGACUUAUCGCGAAGUUCAGCCUCUUGAUUUACCCAUUUUGCGAUUCGCACGGUUCGUGCGUAUAUUAAUCUGCCGUUUGUGACGGGGGCAGGCUGGGUUUAACUUACGCAGUGCUGCCAAAAUGAGUGUAGAGACGGAGCGCAGUGUGGCACAUCUGACUCAAGCUCAUGUAAAUGUUGCCAUGCAAUCUUCGGGAUUAUAGGCUCAACCUCAGCCUUCAUCAUCGAUAAAUGCUCGCUAGGCAUUUCUCGGUCGUCUCCGGCUAACGUUCGCCCGAAGAACCGGAUCACUUGGCCUUAAAGAACCUUCUGUUCUCCGGUAAAGAAGAAACAAACAUUUUAUGGUCAGAAAUCCUGCAGCUGUUGUCGGUUAAACUGGUCGCGGCGGGGACGAGCCAAAUGUUUCUCCAGAGACCUCACAAGUUUUUCUGAACUGUCCCUUGAAAUAAACAUUGUAAUAAAAUAAUAGCGCGGUCGUAGCUGCGCUUUCGGAGUACCUAGUUUAUAUUUUCCUUCAGAAAUCCUGCAAAAAUGUCCGAAAACGCACCUACGCGGAGUCUGGAUGACAUCGACCUGGCCGCCCUGCGGGACCCAGCAGGAAUUUUCGAGCUGGUGGAGGUUGUGGGCAACGGCACCUACGGACAAGUGUACAAGGGUCGUCAUGUUAAGACUGGUCAGCUGGCAGCAAUAAAGGUCAUGGAUGUGACGGAGGAAGAGGAGGAGGAAAUCAAAGCUGAGAUUAACAUGCUGAAAAAGUACAGUCACCAUAGGAACAUUGCCACCUACUAUGGAGCCUUCGUGAAGAAGAGUCCGCCUGGACAUGACGACCAGCUCUGGUUGGUGAUGGAGUUUUGCGGAGCCGGCUCAGUAACAGACUUGGUGAAGAACACAAAGGGCAACUCCCUGAAGGAAGACUGGAUUGCUUACAUCUGCAGAGAAAUACUGAGAGGUCUGUCUCACCUCCAUGCUCAUAAAGUCAUCCACAGAGACAUCAAGGGACAGAAUGUACUGCUUACAGAGAACGCAGAGGUUAAACUCGUGGACUUUGGGGUAAGCGCACAACUGGAUCGUACAGUCGGCAGAAGAAACACUUUCAUUGGCACUCCAUACUGGAUGGCCCCAGAAGUCAUUGCCUGUGAUGAGAAUCCCGACUCCACCUAUGAUUAUAGGAGUGAUAUCUGGUCUCUGGGAAUCACUGCUAUAGAGAUGGCUGAGGGAGCGCCUCCGUUGUGUGACAUGCAUCCCAUGCGAGCUUUGUUCCUUAUCCCACGGAACCCUCCUCCUAAACUGAAGUCCAAGAAAUGGUCUAAGAAGUUCAUCGACUUCAUUGAGGGCUGUCUUGUGAAGUCGUAUCCGAGUCGUCCUUCCACAGAACAGCUGCUGAAGCACUCGUUCAUUAGAGAUCAGCCCACUGAGAGACAAGUCCGCAUCCAGCUAAAAGAUCACAUCGACCGCACACGCAAGAAACGCGGCGAAAAAGAGGAGACCGAGUAUGAGUACAGCGGUAGUGAUGAAGAGGAUGAGAACAGAGGAGAUGAGAGAGAAUCCAGCUCUAUUUUGAAUGUUCCUGGUGAGUCGACGUUGCGGAGGGAUUUCCUGCGGCUGCAGCAGGAGAAUAAGGAGCGCUCAGAGGCCUUAAAGAGACAGCAGGCGCAGCUCGCCGCUCAGCGCAGAGACCCUGAGGAGCACAAACGCCAGCUGCUGCAUGACCGACAGAAGAGGAUAGAGGAGCAGAAAGAACAGAGGCGUCGCUUGGAGGAGCAACAGAGGAAGGAGAGAGAGAUGGUGCGGCAGCAACAGGAUAAAGCUCCUCACCGGAGACUCGAUGACAUGAGACGAGAGGAGGACAGGAGGAUGGCAGAGAGAGAGCAGGAGUUUAUAAGACAUAAGUUGGAGGAAGAGCAGCGGCAGUUAGAGAUACUGCAGCAGCAAUUACUGCAGGAGCAGGCAUUGCUAAUGGAGUAUAAGCGUAAACAGCUGGAGGAGCAGAGACAGUCAGAAAGACUUCAGAGACAGCUGCAGCAGGAGCACGCGUACCUCGUCUCACUGCAGCAGCAGCAGCAGCAGCAAGACAAGAAACCACAGAUGUACCACUACAGCAAGAACCUAGAGAACAACAAACCAGCUUGGGCUAGAGAGGUUGAGGAGCGCAGUAAACUGAACAGACAGGGCUCUCCUAAAAUCUGCACUACAGUGUCUGACACCAAUAUCCAGUCCCGUUCGGAAUCAAUUAGCCAGUCAGGAGCUGCUCAGACCCCACCUAUGCAGAGACCUGUGGAACCACAGGGUGGGCAGGGAAAGUUCCAGAUGGCCCACCUAGUGCCGUUAAAACCGUAUGCCGCUCCCGUCCCUCGCUCUCAGUCUCUUUGCGAUCAGCCCACUAAGACCAUGUCCGCCUUCCCCACCCAGGAUCCCUCUCCCACACCCACACCUCGUCCUCUACACUCCAGAGAACUAGUCCGUCAAAACUCUGACCCCACCUCAGAGACCCCUGCCCCUCAGUCUCGGCCGAUGAGAGACGACCGGGGACCCUGGAUCCGUCUUCCUGAGAUUGAACAACCUCCUAAAAUUCCCCAGAGAACAGCCUCCAUUGCCACUGCACUGAACACAAAUCUCUCCUCCGGCAUCAGACACCCAGUUCGAGCAAGUAAUCCUGAUCUGAGUCGUAAUGAGCGCUGGGAGAGAGGAGACAGCAUGAGCAUCAUGUCCAACCUGCCACAGACUGGCUCUCUAGAAAGACACCGCAUACUCAGCUCGUCCAAGAUGGAUUCCUCCCCUACCCUAUCUCAUGACGGCCGACACAAACCAGGAGAAUCCCGAACCUCAUCCAGACCCAGCAGACCAGCGAGCUAUAAGAGAGCAAUAGGAGAGGACCACGGACUGUACUCUAAGGAGCGGGCAGAGGAGCAGCCGCGGCCCCCGGUGAAGGCUAAUGAUUACUCCUCUUCCUCAGAAAGCAGUGAGAGCAGUGAAGAGAGUGAGAGUGGAGAGGGAGCAGAAGAGGAAAGCCCUACUGACCGUCCACGUGAUGCAGAUUCUGACUCUGUUAACACUAUGGUGGUCCAUGAGGAGGAGGAAGGUGAAGGAGGAGAUGAAGAACGUGCCGGAGGAUAUGGAGACCAAACCAUGCUUGUACAGAGGACUCCAGAGAAGCGUAGUCAUAAUGGAUACACCAACCUGCCUGAUGUGGUUCAGCCCUCCCACUCUCCCACAGACUCUGCCUCCCACUCUUCCCCUGGGAAAGACUCUGCCUAUGAUUAUCAGUCCAGGGGGUUGGUGAAAGCCUCUGGAAAGUCCUCUUUUACUACCUUUGUGGACCUUGGAAUGUACCAACCAUCAGGAGGCACAGGCGAUAACAUGUCUGUUGGAGGUCUGGGCUCUCGCUUUGAGCAACUGAAGCUGGAGGUGAGGAAAGGCUCCAUGGUCAACGUCAAUCCCACCAACACUCGUCCAGUUAGUGACACUCCUGAAAUCCGCAAAUACAAGAAGAGAUUCAACUCUGAGAUCCUCUGUGCUGCUCUCUGGGGUGUAAAUCUGCUGGUAGGGACAGAGAACGGUCUGAAGCUGCUGGAUCGAAGCGGCCAGGGAAAAGUUUAUCCAUUGAUCAACUCACGCAGGUUUCAACAGAUGGACGUUCUGGAGGGACUAAAUCUCCUCAUCACUAUAUCAGGCAAGAAGAAUAAGGUGCGUGUGUAUUAUCUUGCCUGGCUGAGGAAUAAAAUCCUCCAUAAUGACCCUGAGGUGGAGAAGAAACAGGGCUGGACCACUGUAGGAGAAAUGGAGGGCUGUGUGCACUACAAAGUUGUGAAAUAUGAAAGGAUUAAGUUUCUGGUUAUCGCAUUGAAGAAUGCGGUGGAGGUUUACGCCUGGGCUCCCAAACCUUACCACAAAUUCAUGGCCUUUAAGUCAUUUGGAGACCUGCCACAUAGACCUCUGUUGGUUGACCUCACAGUGGAAGAGGGUCAGAGGUUAAAGGUUAUUUAUGGGUCAAGCGCUGGUUUCCAUGCAAUUGAUGUUGACUCUGGCAACAACUAUGACAUCUACAUUCCUGUACAUAUCCAGUCACAAGUGACUCCUCACGCCAUCGUGUUCCUGCCCAAUUCAGAUGGGAUGGAGAUGCUGUUAUGUUAUGAGGAUGAGGGUGUUUAUGUCAACACAUAUGGGCGCAUCAUUAAAGAUGUGGUGCUGCAGUGGGGAGAAAUGCCCACUUCUGUGGCCCACAUCUGCUCUAAUCAGAUUAUGGGCUGGGGAGAGAAAGCCAUAGAGAUCCGUUCUGUGGAGACGGGACACCUGGAUGGGGUGUUCAUGCACAAAAGAGCUCAGAGGCUUAAGUUCCUAUGUGAAAGAAAUGACAAGGUGUUUUUUGCGUCAGUGCGUUCCGGUGGCAGCAGUCAAGUCUACUUUAUGACCCUCAACAGAAACUGCAUUAUGAACUGGUGAAAGAGCUGUCACAUGAACAUAGAUUCUGCUGUGUGCACACUUGCAAACACUGAAGAGAUAACACGCUACAACAACAUCCACAGACACUCUCACACUGUGUAAAUAAACACACGCACUCACACACACACACACACACAGACAAAAACACACUCCUGCACAAACUUACAUAUAGAAGAGUAAUUUACUUCACAUCUUCCUGAAGACACUCCUUCACCAUUCUCCUGUGAUCUCUGAGCCAACUGUACAAGACGUGCUUGUGUCUGCCGACCCCUGACAGAGCAAUGUUGUGUUCAUCUGAUUCCACAUGGGUUAGCUUUCACCUCACUGGGGCCAACGUUCCUCACUGCUAAUAUUUCUGACCUUUCUAGGACCAGACAAAAAGACUUAAUUGUACAUUACUCUACUAGAAAUGCUUGUAAACUACGAGAAUCGUUCUAUUGACGUGCGUCUUGUGACGCAGCAGCGGCGUGCGUGUGUUUGAGAGACUUUAUAAGCUACUUUGAGCAGCUUUGAACAACUUGAAACUGCAGUGGUGUGAGGUGGGACUGCAACAUCUGUAAUUUUCCAUUUCAACUGUAUACUGUAGUAGUCGUUUGUUCUUGGUUGCAUUCAGAGUUUCAGAUAAAAGUGAUUAUAAUGUUUUCUUUCAACAAGUAGAAGUUUAGAAAUUGAUUUAACACUGAGUUUCAAAUAUAUAUAUCAUAUAUAUAUAAUAUAUAUAUAUCUGAGACGGCUUCCCUUCCGAGCCAGAGAAGGUUUUCGCUUUCUUGAUGUGUAAACAAUAAUCUGACGCCUGUGUCACCAAACUGUUGGUUCGAUAGAAACGGUGGUGGCCGAUUAAGGAGCAGAAUCCGGCGUCUUGCUUUUCCACUAGUCAGCUAGUGAGACCAAGUCACCCACAAUGGAGCAACAGUCUCUGGUUUCGCUUUUCAAAGCACUUUUUUUCUUUCUAUGUGGGAAGUAUCAUCAUAUCUACUACAGUUUGAUAUUCUCUGUACGUAAACGUAUUUGGUAUUACUCCUACUUUUAUUAUCUGCUGUUCUAUAGCUGUUCUAUUGCAAUACGUGCUGUGUGCUCGUUCUUGUUCGAAGUUUUACGAGGGAGUUUCUCUUGGGUUAUUCUGAUUUUAGACGGGAAGAUAUAGUAAGUGACUGCGGAUAUGACUGAAAAAGCUUUUUUUUUUGGCAGCAUAAACUUAUAGCUCGGUUGACAUGGUGUAAAUUGUACAUAGCAGCCAUGAUCGUAUUUACAUCUCAUUUGUAUUCACUGGGCACAUGAUGAUUUUUUAGGAGUUUAAUCACUACACGACUGCGUAAUACGCUUGAGUGUUUCAUAACCGAGUCAUGUGUUUGUGCUGUCAAAAGUGCUUGAUUGCUUAUGGAAGGUGUAGUUUUUUUAGGCAGGCUUGUAGUUCAUCAGGGAUGUGUGCAUUUGAUCAGACUUUUUUUCUUUUCUUUUUUUUUUCUUUGAUAUUUGGACCCCACCAUUUUUUUAGCAACACAAACGUCAUGUUUUAGACGAAGACUUGGGUGGAUCGGAGCAAGAAUAUUCUUUUGUUUAUCUGACAAUGUGCGAACGAGCUGCGUGCGUGCGCGCGUGUGUGUGUAUAUGAAUAUCGGUGGGAAAUAUUAAUCAGUAACAUACAGAAGGAUCGGUAUAAAGCAAUAGUUUAAGGAUUAUUGACGGGUUUGUGUCUGGUGUUACUGUCUCCAGUUCUGCAAUACUAGAUUUUUCUCGAGCUUUUCACUCAUCUCAAUGCAGAUAAUCUACAUUUAAAGCAGUAUUCACCUAUAAAAAUACAGAAUAUCUUCACAAUCUUAUUUUUUUUCCCCCCUUCUUGUUAAAGAUGGUACUAUACUAUUAGUGUACACUAAUCCCAGAAUAUCUGACGCACUUUGUCCCUCCUAAAUAUUUUUCUAGUUAUUGAUAUUAGCACCGAUUUGUACAGUAGCUUGUGAUGGUACAAUCAUCAUCUGUUACCUAAUAGCCCCUCCCACCGGACAUAUUGGCCGCUGUCGCAGUCUAGACGAGCACUAAACACCGAUGACACAUUUAGCAAGUCAUUAUUAAAAUAUGGCGGCGCAACACUUCAGACGAAUAAUUACAAAUUGUUGCAUUGCACAGACAGAGACGGGGGCUUAAUGGUUUGAAUUCUCAUCAUCUGUAAGUGAGCAAAAUCAAAUUGAACUUGAACGCUAAUGUGCCAUUAUGACAGAUUCGCACUUUCUGAGAGUUACUUCGUUUGUGCCCCUCAUCCUUACUUUCUUUCUCUCUCUUGCUGUAGAACUUAAGCAUUUUCUUGCUUAGUAAAUCAAACUGCCAUGUUUACUGAAAUAACAGUGCCUUGGAUCGGAGUUGGGUGUAUUUGCUCGAUCGUGUGCGUGUGUGUGUGUGUGUGUGGGAGAGCGCUGAGCAUGUGAUUGUUUUAAUAAGAACUGAAGUUCAGGGAAGAGAGUCCAGUGCGCAGUUAGGGGUCUUGUGCCAACAAAGUGCACUUAAAAUGACAAUAGCCAGAGCACCAAGACAGGCUCCUCUCACUCUGUUUUUAGCACAAAAGCCAUGCCAUAAAGAGUUCAUUCCUCCAGUUUGAAGGCAGCGCGUUCCUCAGAUGUUUAUUUAAUACCAUAUCACAGUCCAAACGCCCUAUAGUUACAUGACAAGACGAGCUCUUUGUUCUGGAUGGUGAUGCUUGUAGCUCGCGUACCGUUUUGCCAAACAGGGAAAGCCUCUGGUUUUUAUGCAGGAGGUUCACAAAAGGUUCGAGUUGUCAUGGUGAAGAGCUGCUCGCAUGCUUGUGAUAUAAUAGUCCCCAGCUUUCCCGAGAACUCUUGAAAUUUAGUGAGAUGUUGCCUUUAUGCUUAAGAGUAAAUGUGUAUAACGGUGUUCACGCUACUGGAUUGACAGAAUUUAUGUUUUUAUAGCAGAAUUAUGAUGUAACGAGUAACAAAGUUGAACAGAGAGGAAAUAUGCUUUAUAAAUUAAAUAAAGAGUUUAUAUUAAGAUUCCCAUGGCCUGUCAGGACGAUGGAAAUGAACGGAGAGGAAAAAAGACAAAAAAUAUAUAUAAAUAAAUAUAUAUAUAUAUCUCUCAAAAAUAAUAUACAUGAAUUUAUAUCAAUGUGAAUUUAUAUAAAAAGAAUUAUUGAACGUAGCCUCAUCAGUAGAACUGAAUAAAUAAAUAAAUGCAUUGUUAUAUAGCAUUUUUCUGGCUAAGAAUAAUCAUUUGAGCACAAAGCUUCUCCUCUGUACAUACGGCCGUACGUUCGGUUAGACUCGUCUCUUUCCUCUCUUUUUCCCGGCGAGUGUUAUAAAAGAGAGCGUGUGGGUGUGCGACUGUGCAUGUGUGAAUAGGAGAGCUAUUUCUGAUCCGUGUGUGUGCUGUUCAUUAUUCCCUCAGAGAAAAGAGAGAAAAGACAGCGAUUGAGGACCAGCGUGGUCAAACACGCACGCAUCAUCACUGGACCCGAGCCACACGUGCCACUCCAGUCGUGUUUGUGAAUGCCACUGAUGACCAAUUGAACGUUGUAGUCUUUCUACGGCAGCUGACCGCAGUCCUGAUCCCGCGUAAAAAGCCGGUGUCGAUAUCCGAUCGCGCGCGUCGGGGGUUGCUCUGAAGGAAUACGUGUCGUUGGCUUUAUUGCGGACGUUUUGAAUGUAAUCAGUUUGUUUUAUUCUGGUGUAUUAAACUGGUCCGUCGGAUUGAAGGCUUGUUAGAGGUUUACGGAAUCCAUGGUAAAGAUAUAUUUUACACUCCAUCCCCCAGAUUUGAAUAAAAUGUUUAUCAUUUUAAACGCUUUUAUAUCCUUUUCAACCAGUCGGUCUUUAAAAAGCUAGACUAGGUGACGUGUGUAGCGGUCUUCGAGAGAUGCGGAGCUGUCUGGUUUUCGUUUUAAGGCCUUUACUGCUGUGUUUGAGGUAUUUAUCUACUCUACAUGCUCUUAGCACUAUGCUAACAAGUGGCAUUUCUCUUGUCGUUCUCUAGUAAUACAAAGUUAAUCCCUUAGCUGAUUUUUGUAAAAUAUUUACUACUCCAAAGAAAAAUGAAAAAAAAAAAUCAUGAUUUGUAGUUCUUUUACGUUGUGCUUUUGGUUUAAACUCAUAGCAGUAGCCAGGAGAGGUUAAGGUUGUUUAUGGAGGACUUGAUAAAGUUGAUCCUCUGUGAUGGGUUGAUUAUCAUUCUUUUCAUUUACUUUCUAAAGGUUUUUAUGUUUCAGGUAAAAAAAAAAAAAAAAAAAAAGUAGAUGUUUCGGACAUAUUUUUAGUGUUUCUGUUUAGGAGAGGGUGUUUCAGAUGAUUUUAAGUCUUAAAGAUUGAAUGCAUUCACAAGUCUGUAAUGUCUCAAUACAGCAUUAUUUGAAAAUUAAAAAUUACUUGAUCUCUGUUAAAA